AUGGCUGUUAAUGAGCAUGAGUUCAAAGAGCUACUGGAAAGCUUCGAUCAAGCAUUCCGCGACAUGAAUAGCUACUUGAAACAGUACGAAGAAACCGUAAUACGCAUCAUCGAUUCCCCCUCCUCUGGGGGUCUGAGCUCGAUUGUCCAGCAUGCGCCCAUCACCCACAGAAUCAAGAAGCCGCAAAGUGCAUUGGACACGCUCAGCAGGCGCCAGCACGAUCGCAUCGAAUUGGCAUUGCUCAAAAAGAAUAUCGAGGACAGCGGCGGGAAUUGGGAGUCUUUUUGUGAUGCGUGGCAUAUGAGAGAUAAGAUCCACGAGACCGAGCCUUUCACUUCGCUGGACGACAUGCACAAAUCUAUGCACGACUUGAUCGGCUUGCGCAUCUCGCUCUAUUUCCCGCGCGAUGUCGAAAAGGUCGUGGAUUAUUUCACAAAGCAUGAGAAGUUCGAGGUUGUUGUUCCUGCGAGCCGCAAGGGCGGCAUUGCUCAGGAUUUUAAGAUGGUCCGGAAGUUGAUGGCGGAGGGUGAAGAGGCUUACGAACAAGCGUCUCACCCAACCUUUGCUGGGUACAAGUCCACCCACAUGGUCAUUAAGCUCAAAGACGGAAUCUUUCCCGGACAGGAACAUUCAAGGGGUGCCGUCAUCGAGGUGCAAAUCGGCACCAUUAUCAUGCAUGCAUGGUCACAAAUUGAGCACGAUAUCAUCUACAAACGACUUGGCAAUCGUGUUCCAUCAACAGAAGAGAAACGGUUGCUGGAUCUUAUCAAUGGCAUCGUCACUACAGGAGAAGUCGCCUUGGAGCAACUUGCAUCUUUAAGAUAG